AUGGAGAUGAAGCAGCUGCCAAGAGCCACCAGCAACGCCCAGCACGCUGGCGCACCCGCUGCCCCACGCGCCGGGAUCGUGCGGGUGAAGAUGCGGCUCGAUCGGGUGUUCUGCGUCAGCGAGGACGGCGAGUACGCGUUCUGUGGCGCACAGCAAAGCUGCUACAUGCAUCGCGUUCACCUCCGCACGCACGAGACGGAGGAGAUCAACCUCACAAGCGUCAUCGAUCUGCCCCCGCCCGAACCAGAGGAGGAGGACGAGGACGACGACGCAGCCUUUGGCCACUUCGCCGCGCCACACCCACGCCAGGAGCCGCCACAGGCCAAGGUCCUGGCAGUGUCCAAGGACGGCAAGCAGAUGCUCAUUGGGCAAGGAACAAAGGCCUUUGUAUGCGACGUGGAAACCAAGACGCGCACGCACACCCUGGACAUUCCACAGCCCACGUCCGAGGACGAGGACGCGGCCGAGCAAGCAUCCUCUUCGAAGCGCAAGGGUGCGCGUGCUUUGCCAGCCACCGCCAACCACGGUCUCUUCGUGCCCAGUCGCGCCCUCAUCGUGCUCGGCACAACUAACAACGGCGUGCAUGUCUGGGACCAGAAGGCGCAGGCCUUUGUCGCCAACUGGUCUGCUUCGCCCAACAAGAGCAUCGCUUGCCUGUGCCUGACCUCCGACGAGGUGCACCUCGUUGUUGGUGCGCAGGCGCGCGGCUUCGGUGGCCGUGUGUUUCACCUCGGAUCUCUGCGUCACGUGUACACCUUUGCGGAAAAGCAGCCGUGCGUCGUGGACGUGUGCAGCGUGCCAGGCCACCCGCGGCGGUUCUGCAGCGGCAGCGAAGACGGCACCGUGCACGUGUGGGACAUGGGCCAGCCCGAGUACCUGGUGGCGCUCCAACACAGCAACUUCAUCUUCGAGGACACCCUCAAGCACAUCAGCGUCACCCCGGACGGCCGUACCCUCGCCACGUGCCAGCGCACCGGCGCCUACAUCUGGGACCUGCACACGUACGAGAUGAAGCAGCAGCUGCCCAUCGGCGAGCGCCACGACGUCUUCUGCGAGGACAUUGCCUGCACCCCAGAUGCAAAACACGUCGUCUUCGUCACCAAGCUCGGUGUGCACGUCUGCGGCAUUGGCGUGCAGGAGGAGCAGCGCACGCUGGUGUACGAAGAGCAGUUUCCGAGCGACGCAACCACAUGCAAGGCGGCCUCGGACGGCACAGCGUGGGUUGUCGUGGACAGCGCCAAGGACCACACCAUCGACCUCUACAAGCCACCCGACAUGCGCCGUGAGGCAAGCGUCGACAUGACGCAGUUCCACAACCGCUACCAGCGCCACGGGUUUGUUGUGAUCACCCCGACGCUGUUCAUCACUAACGCCUCCAACAGCACCACCGUCAGCGCGUGGCGACUCGGCCUCCCGUCCACGCGCGUUGCCGAAUGGAACGUAAACAACGCCAACACAAGCGACUCCAACAACCCCAACAACUCCAACACCGACAACACCAGCAGCGGCAACGGCAGCGACUGCGCCAUUUCAAUCAUGCGCGCAUCCGCUGACGGCAAGCUCUUGUUCACUGCAACCACAAAGGCCGAGCUGUGCGUGUGGGACAUCACCUCCGUCAGUACACGCGGCGCUGGCGUUCCGGUGUGCAUCGCCAAAACGCAGGCCUACCGCUCUGGCGCGUACCACGAGGGCCAGAAGUUUGUGGCCUGGCUUCCAGAUAACAGGUCGUUUGUCUUUGGCCAUGCCACGUACUUGGACGGAACACUGCAGCUCUUCUCCCUCGACAGCCCGCAGGCGUGGCACCAACGCCAGCGACAACGCCAGCGACAACGCCAGUACAGCCACGACCAGCACCACAGCUUCGAUGAAAGCUGCCACCACGCCAACCAGCACCGACACGACCAGCAGCAAUGGCGACAACAACAACAACAACAACAACAACAACAACAACAACAACAACAACAACAACAACAACAACAACAACAACAACAACAACAACAACAACAACAACAACAACAACAACAACAACAACAACAACAACAACAACAACAACAACAACAACAACAACAACAACAACAACAACAACAACAACAACAACGGCAACCCUGCCAGCACCUUGCAUCAGAUUGUAUCCCUCCGGUGGUUGUGAAGCAGUUCAACGUUGGCAACGCCCACACGCUGGUGUUCGCACGCGACUGCGACGUCGUGUUUGCUGUCACCAUGAACAGCCCCGUUGUGGCGUGCGAUGUCAAGUCUGGCAGCAUCACCAAGCUGCUGACAGCGGAUGACAACGCAUCCAGGGUGGUGGUGUGCGGCAAGCGGCUGCUCACCGUCAGUGGCUACGGAGCAACCCGUGCACACGCGAAGGUGGCCCUGUGGGCAGUGUGGCCCGCCGUCAACCCAUACAGCUUGCCGACAGACAGCAGCAACAUCGACAACCUGCACCCUUCCAACAAGGCGCCGCUCACUGCGCUCGUGCCGCUGCGCAUCAAAGCAGCCGUGGCCACACCGCCUGGUGCGUGGCGGUCGCAGCUGCCGGAUAUGACGGUUGGUUCGUGGCUGGCAGCGUCCUCCAGCCGCAUCGAGCAAGUCAAGGCGCUGCUACAUGGCGACGAACCGCGCGUGCAGCUCGUGCACCGGCCCUCCAUGCUCAACACCGCCAUCACGCACUCGCGCGACAUUGAGAUGGUGAAAGUGGUGACGGGCGCAGUUGCCUCCCUGGCGCGCCGGCGCGAUGCUGCUGUGCUGCGCACGCGAGAGGAGGGCGACUACUUUGCCCUGAACAUCGACCUCGUGCCCACGCUCACGGAAGACACGCUGCUGCUGGUCAAGCGCUUCCCGUCUGUCGCUGCCGAGUUCCUGGACAGCCUGGGCCUGGUGCGCGUCACCACGGACAGCGGGUACAACCACCAGGAGACGCGCCUGCCACCCUCGCAGUUGAUUGUCACGGGCACCAACGCCGUCACCAGCGACAAGCUGCUGUGGAAGCGGCUGCGUGAGUCUGGCGACCUGGCGCAGCUUGAAGACGCCAAUGCAGCGCCCACGCUGACAGAGGCACGGAUCGUGCCACUAGCACGUGCUGCCGGUUUCCUCCCAGACGGCUCCAGCCUGCUUGAGACGCUGGUGGACACGGGCGAUGCGGAGCUGUUUGGCAGCUUCAUCGUUCGCGCCGUCAUCCAGUACAAGUGGCAGACGAGCGGGCAGCGCCAGUUCCUGUGGGAGGCGGCAUGGUACAUGCUCUCUGUCGCGCUUAUCACCACCCUCACCUUUGUCUUCAACACCAGCGGCAAGGACGUGGCCCAACUGCUGGGUGCAGCCGACAACAGCAACAGCAACGGCAGCGAUGUGGUGUCGGUGGUGAUCAUGCUGGUGCUGGGCGUGCUGGCUGGCGUGGACAUGGUGCAGGAGGUGCGGCAGUCACGGCUGGUGCACGGCUACUGGCUCGACUUUUGGAACUGGCUGGACGUGACAAAUGUGGUACUAGUGUUUGUGGUGCUGGGCACGUACUUUGCUGGGUGGCACCAUGCGCGCGCGUUCUUAGCGCUUGCGGUGUACCUGCGGUGGUACGGCUUGCUGUACUACCUGCAGCCGUUCCAGUCGACCGGCCCGCUGGUGCGCAUGAUCCUGGCCAUCUGCUUCGACAUGCGCUACUUCCUGUUGGUGCUUGGCAUCAGCAUCGUGGCUGGGUGGACGUCGUUCCGGCUGCUGCUUGUUGAUGAUACCACGCUGCCGGUGGAAGGACUGGGUGACCCGGCCAACGGCUUGCUGCUCAUGUUCAACAUGCUGCUGCUGGCGGACUUUGAGCUGGACACCUUUGACGGAGACUACGUGGUGCUGCUGCGCAUCCUGUUUGUCAUCUCCAUGGUGCUGGUCCCCGUCGUGCUGCUGAACCUGCUGAUUGCGCUCAUGUCGGACUCGUACGAGCGCAUCCAGGACCGCGCAGACAUUGAGUUCCAGCUGCUGCGCGCACGCAUCUUGCGGGAGCAGGACGCGUGGCUGACGCAGGAGGAGAAGAUGGAUGUGCGACGCUUCCCCAUGUGGCUGCACGUGCUCGUGCCCAAGGGCAGCGGCGUUGGCCGUGACGGUGGCAGCGUGCAGUGGCAGGGCGUGCUGCACGCGCUCAAGAAGGAGGUGGCAGACAAGGUGGAGGGCGUUGAAGGGAAAGUGGCGUCAGAGCUGAGCGACCUGCGUGCGCAGAUGGCACGCGAGAUUACCUCUGUUCGUGGACAAGUGCGGCAGAUGGACGAGCGCCUUGCACAGGCCAUUGCACUGUUACAACAAAUGACAUCCUCCCCGCGCGAAUGA